AUAUUACGUAGAGACGGCAAUUGGUUUACGUCAGAGUCCACCGUUGCUUCUAUUCUUGUCUCUCUCUCUCUCCUCUCUCCUUCUAUCUCUAUGCAGACUAUGCUUGAUAUUAAUGAAUAAUGUUGAUUCUUAUCUGCUAGUGCUCCUAUUUGGGACAUUUUGUGAAGUGUAAAACUGGGUUUGCCUCUGUUGUUUAUUAUUUUUAUUUAAUAUUUUUUUUUUCAUUUUUCCAUAGCCGCCUCUAGUGUUUCUCUCCUUCUCUCAGUUCCUAGCUGCUUCUUUUGCACGCCCCAGGUUCCACGAAACCACCUUUCCGUUGAUUGAAUUCGGAAAGUUUUGUUCUUUUGUCUCAUCUUCUUUUGGGGGGAAUUGGGUAAUUGGAAGUGUGUUCCAUGUUGUUGGAUUCCUAGCCAGCUUGCUCCUUUUUGUCCGAUUGGGUUUUCGAGGUUUUGGAGAAAUUAAUGAAACAACUGUGACUCGUCCAAGGCAGACUCCUAUUUUACGUUGAUCUUUUGUUCUCACUGUCAGAAAUUGAACUUGCCUUUUGUUGCAGAGAUUCAAUUCACGGUGGCCCAAUUUGGUGGAUUGGGAUAAAAGGCUUGAUCGAUUGCUGGAGAUAUGUUGGAGUUUUUUUAUGAAAAAAAAAAAACUUCAGUUUUGUCAAUGUUAUUGUAAAUGAAGAUUUGUGUCUUGCGCUAAACUAUGAUGCUUGAUCAGGACUGUGGUGGUUUUGUUUGGUAGUUUUAUACACAGGAAAUGCUUUCCUAUUGGACUCCACUGUUUAGUUAAGAAUGUCUAUCGCUGGGUUAUUCUUGGUGCUGUUACUGCAACUGUCAACAAUUUUUGGCUCUGCAGUUAUCUUACUGUCAACGGAUUGUGGCACUGAUUGGGUUGCAUAUUCAUAUUCUAGUCAUGGUCAGGAACUGUAUUACAUAAAAGGGAAUGUAGUAGACAAGGUUGCUUUCUGUCAGGCACUCCAAUUGUAUAUUGCAAAUGGCUGUGAUGUGAAGGACUACUUUGGAACUGUCAACUGUGUGUUGGAUGAAACUUCUGUGAAUUUACCUUCAAAGGCAGGGAGGAAACUUCUGCAGAAGGAUGUAAGCAAUAAAUCCACAUCACAAGGAGAUUCUGAGCCUUUGUCAACCCAUCAAGUUGGGCUUUAUGCGGGUGGAGCUUUGUUGGUAUGUUGUGCCGUUCUUUGUCCUUGUUUCUAUGGGAAGAGACGGAAAGCAACUUCUCACGCUGUUCUGGCCAAGGAUCCAAAUUCAAUGGAUUCAGCCUCCUCCUUCGAAGCCUCCGUUACUGAUAAGAUUCCUGAUAGGAUUCCGGCCAGUCCACUCAGGGUGCCACCCAGUCCGUCAAGAUUCUCAAUGUCUCCAAAACUCAGUAGACUUCAAUCAUUACAUCUCAACCUAAGUCAGGUUGCAAGAGCUACCCGAAAUUUCUCAGAAACAUUACAAAUUGGAGAAGGAGGUUUUGGAACUGUCUACAAGGCUAAGUUAGAGGAUGGCCUGAUUGUGGCUGUAAAACGUGCAAAAAGGGAACAUUUUGAUAAUUUGAGAACAGAAUUCAGCAGUGAAGUAGAACUUUUGGCCAAAAUUGAUCAUCGAAACCUGGUGAAGCUACUCGGUUAUAUUGACAAAGGAAAUGAACGCCUUCUUAUUACAGAGUAUGUGCCAAAUGGUACUCUUAGAGAACAUUUGGAUGGUCUGCGUGGAAAAAUCCUAGACUUUAAUCAGCGCCUUGAGAUUGCAAUUGAUGUUGCUCAUGGCUUGACCUAUCUGCAUCUGUAUGCAGAAAAGCAAAUUAUCCAUCGAGAUGUGAAAUCAUCCAAUAUUCUUCUGACAGAAAACAUGCGAGCUAAAGUUGCUGAUUUUGGAUUUGCAAGGCUGGGUCCAGUGAACACUGAUCAAACACACAUUUCAACCAAAGUGAAGGGCACAGUUGGUUAUUUGGAUCCUGAGUAUAUGAAAACAUACCAACUCACUCCCAAAAGUGAUGUUUACUCAUUUGGAAUUUUGCUUUUAGAAAUUGUCACAGGCCGCCGUCCGGUGGAGUUAAGGAAAACUGUUGAAGAGCGUGUUACACUUAGAUGGGCCUUCAGGAAGUAUAACGAAGGGAGUGUGGUGGAAUUGGUGGAUCCUUUAAUGGAAGAAGCUGUGAAUGCGGAUGUACUCAUGAAGAUGUUUGAUUUGGCAUUUCAAUGUGCAGCUCCCAUUAGAACAGAUAGACCUGACAUGAAAUCAGUGUGUGAGCAACUAUGGGCAAUAAGGGCAGAUUACCUCAAGAGUGCAAGGAGAGAAUAAGUAAAGCUGGUGAUUAUAUUGUGAAGUCAGUAGUUUUCUUUUAGAUUUUUCUUUCUUCUUUGUCCUACCUAAAGGUGUCUCAGCCAUUGUGAAAUGAAGUUAUAUCAUUUGGGUCUUCAUUUAGGUGACUUUAUUUAUUCAACAGUGAACUGCAUCAUAAGUCAUUCUAAAGUUUGAUUAGUGGAAGGUUACUUUUGCAAGUGGCAACCAGUUUAAGCUGUCUCAGAGAACAACUGAAUAAAAAUAACAAAUUUCGAGUGUGUUUAUCUCAGCCCCAAGAAAAAAAGUGCUUUGAGCAACUUUCCAUGACUUGUCACUGGAAUAUUUUUCUUUGUAGAGUUCACAGCGGAUUUUGUAACAUAUAAUUUUGUUAAGGAACCACCUUGGUUACGUGAAUGACUGAUCCAACGAAACAAUAGCUUCUGAUUACCUGUGGUUGUGCUAGUUUUCAUACUUUAGGAUGGUUGGUCAUUAACUAGUGAAAAAUGGCUACAAAAAUUGGUAAAUUGCAAAACUUGAUUGUUAAAUGGCUGAGUUCCAAAUUGUAACAACGAUAUCAUCAUCUUCAUUUCUUU